AUGGCCAGCGUUGCAAAUCCGCCCAACCACCAGGUGGUUACGUCGUCCGAACAUUUCCAGUCGCUACUCUCCGCGGACCUGCAACGGAUCUCGCUGAUCAGCUUCUGGGCCCCAUGGGCCGAGCCAUGCAAGCAAAUGAACGAGGUAGUGCUCGAGCUUGCGAGGAAGUACCCCGAAGUUCUCGUGCUGAAAGUCGAGGCGGAGGAGCAGUCAGAUGUCGCCGAGUCAUUCGACAUCCAGGCAGUGCCAUCCUUUGUGAUCCUACGGGGCCAUACAUUACUGGGCCGCAUUUCAGGCGCAGAUGUCCCCGCCCUCACCGAUGCAAUUGCCACCCACGCGCGUCCACUACCAUCUGUCAAGCCGCUCUCACACACCAACCUUGCACCCGCCGCGGCAUUGGCCGACACGCAGGAGGAUGUCAACAAGCGGCUACGCGCACUGAUGAACAACGACAGGGUCGUCUUGUUCAUGAAGGGUGUGCCCGACGCUCCGCGCUGCGGAUUUUCACGGCGCAUCGUCGCGCUACUGCGCGAGCAGGGCGUACCAUUCUCGUCCUUUGACAUCCUCACGGAUGAGAGUGUGCGUGCCGGCCUCAAAGUCCUCAAUAACUGGCCGACGUUCCCGCAGCUCAUCGUCAAUGGCGAGUUUGUCGGCGGCCUCGACAUCGUGCAGGAGAUGGUAGAGAAUGGCGAAUUGAAGGAAAUGCUGACGGUGGCUUGA